AUGCCGUCGCUCGCGCGCUUAGCACCCGCCCGUGUGGUUGCCCGACCGACUCUGUGCGUCAAAAGUCGGCGUGGGGUGACCGGGGUAUCCAUCGACGAUGCAAGAGGUGGCACUCGCCCAGCGAUCUGUUUCCCAACUGGCCCCAUCCCGGUUGGUCCGCGAGCGAGGUCCCCGAUCGCUCCCAACCGAGCUGUUGGGCCCGAGGCGGUGACCGCGGCGGUGACAACGGUCGAUGCCUUCGGCGUGAGUGCCGAACAGUGGGAGCUGAUCGAGGGGAACCUGUUCGGCGCGUCCCUUCUGCCGUACCUCGUCUUCCUGUAUUACCUCGGGAUGCCGGAGAGCAAGAUGCCGCCGAGGGCGCUGUUUGGGUUCAAGUUCCUCCUCGUGUUCGUGUUUGGGACCAUUCCGUGCGCGAUUUACGCUAAGCUGGUGUACAACGACAUACUCGCCAACGUGGACUGGCUCCACGGACCCGCGGAGUCCCUGCUCACCAUCACUAAUCUCCUCAUCGUCAUCGGCUUGAGGGAGGGGCUGAGGGACCUGAAGGGCGGCGACGGGGGAAAGCGAUCGAAGGUGAGCUCCGUGAGCGGCGCGCUCCUGGGCUGGAGCGCGGCGGCCACCACGGCGACGCUCGCGGCGGUCGCGGCGGGAGCGGGCGGGGGCGUUGGGAACGUUGCGGAGGCGGCAGAGUCGGCGGCGUCCAUUGCCCCCGCCGUGGGCGACGUGGCGGCGUCGUUCUUCAGACACGCCGAGCCCGCCAACGCGCUAUCGCUGCCCACCUGGGUCAUUCACGUCUCUAGUCUCAUCGAGUGGCUGGUGGCCAUGGGUCUGAUAUGGGAGUAUGCGGACGCGACAGGGAAUCAAAAGUACAAGGGUCUGACUUGGGGAAUGGUGCCGUGUCACGCGAGCGGAAUUGCGGCGUGCACGUUCCACUUGUUCUAUAACAGUCCCGCACUGAACUCCGUGGUGGCCACUCAGGCGGGACUCACAGUGCUGGGAAACACGACGAUCGCCAUAGCGGCCUACCGCAUCGCCAUCGAAGGAGGGGCAAAGAACACGCUGCCUUGGGAGGAAGGGUUCGUUGCUCCGUGGAAGAAGAACGACCCUAUUGGCGCGACAACGGAUGCGAAGGUGGAUGAGGCCGGUGCCGAAGAUUUUGCGGCGAAUAUCGAAGAAGGCGCGACGGCGAAAGAGGGUGGACUGGCGGGAUGGGAAGACCUCGGCAAGGUAUGGGCGGGAGAUUCAGACUUGGUGCUUAUAUUGAAGCUUGCGUUGGUGUCCACCGUUGUUUCGGCGGCGGUGAAGUGGGGCUCCUUGGAGGUGGACUUUCCCUUCGAACCCAGCGUGUGGCUGGCAUUCACCCUCAUCUUCGGACCGACGGCACUGAACAUGAUCAAAUGGCAGCAAAUAUCUGCGGAGGAGAGAGCCGCACGGUGA